AAUGCCCGAAUUCUGUAAGCAGUCUCAAGUCACUAAUUGAGACUUUUCGUGGUGAAAUUUGAUUUUGAGACUAGUUGGUAUUCAGUAAGCAAUCUCACGUCAUUAGUCUCAAAAAAAAGUCACUAAUUAGUGAUCUACUUCUGAGCAGCUCACAAAACGAAAAAUAUGGAAGAGGAAUUAAUUAUUUUAUAUAUAUUGCAAAAAAAACGCGAAAAUGAAGCGAAGUAAUAUGUUUUGGGUAAAAAUUUCUUAAGAACACGAAUAAUUGUGUAUUUAUUGACGUUUUAGAAACAUGCGUAGACGGAUUCUGGCAAGUUUACGCAGCACGGAAGACCCAUUCCUUCUGGAAGAAGACGUUUUCAGGAGGUUUUUAAGAUUCCCGAAAUCCUUCUGCUGGGAACUUAUUCAAGAUCUCAAACCACUUGACAAGUUUGAGCGGAAUUCGAGAAUUCCAUUUGAACUUCGGUUUGUUUCAGUACUAUAUUUUCUGGCAAAUGGCUCCUACCAAAGCGUUAUUGGAAACUGCCACUUCUCGGCAAUGAGUCAACCAAGCGUGUCGAGAUGUAUUGAGCAAAUUUGCAAGAUGGUAGUGGAACACAAACACUUUGAAAUUAGUUUUCCCAAUGAGGCGGAGCAUUACAACAGCAUAAAGAGGGGUUUCCACAACAAAUUCGGAAUAAAAGGCGUCAUAGGUGCUAUUGACUGCACACAUAUUGCAAUACUUUCCCCGCAAUCUUUAAUUGCUGGAGUAGUACCUCAUGAGUAUAUGAAUCGCAAGGGAUACUACAGCAUUAAUGUUGAAGCCAUUUGCAACGACGAACUAAUUUUUCAAAACGUCAAUGCACGAUUCCCAGGAUCUUGUCAUGACGCCGGUAUAUGGACAACUUCGCCGGUGAGAAUCAAACUCAUCAGGGAACACAUUGUGGGGGCAUUUAAAUGGCUUUUAGGUGAUUCAGGUUAUCCUUUGGAGCCAUGGCUUCUAACGCCAAUAGCAACACCUUCUUCCGCUAGCGAAGAGAUUUUCAAUAAAACACAUAUAAAAGCAAGGAACACAAUUGAACGUGCCUUUGGAGUCCUGAAAUCACGAUUUCGGUGUCUAUCCAAAGAGCGCGUUCUUAGAUAUUCACACAAAAAUGCGGCAGCUAUCAUCUAUACAUGUGUAAUAUUCCACAAUAUGCUGCAAAAACGUGGCAUAUUCACUGAUGAGGCCAUGCCACCAGAAGACCCAUCGAAUGAUGAAGCUAGCGAACCAAUAAGGUCAACAGAAUAUUAUUCUGAAGGCAGAAGGGCGAGGCAAAAUUGCAUAAACGCACUUAUACUGUAA